UAUGUGUGUAAUUGACAACACAUUCACUGUAUUAUUGAAAACACUGUUCACUAUUACAUUGAAUGCAAUACAGAGGUAGUGAUUGACUGAAUGAAUGACUACAACGAGUGCCACGUUAUCAACGUUACCACCAAUUGAUGACUACAUCACAAACAACUCAUACAUUUGUCCAAAACUAUUGAUUGUUUACAGAUUGUCAUCAUUUUAGUGAAUAUCAAUUCAAUUCUUGAACUUCAGUGACACUAAUUGACAAUUGAAUUGGCAAACAAUUCAAUUGAUGAGAUAGUGGUGACAAUUAGUGAUCAAUGGGCGGCAAUCAGAGCAUUGAAGUUCCCGGCGGUGGUACUGAAGGAUACCAUGUUUUAAGGGUUCAGGACCACUCUCCCGGACAUAAGGCCGGACUCGAGGCUUACUUCGACUUCAUUAUAGCCAUUGGAAACACAAGACUUAAUCAGGACAACGAUGCUCUUAAAGAGAUCCUUAAGGCCAGUAUCGAUAAACCUCUCAAAAUGACUGUUUAUAAUAGCAAAACACAAACCGUGAGAGAAGUUGAGUUGACUCCCAGUGCCAAAUGGGGUGGACAGGGAUUACUUGGAGUAAGCAUCAGAUUUUGUUCAUUUGAAGGCGCGAACGAACACGUUUGGCACGUUUUGCACGUCGAGCCUAACUCACCGGCACAUAUCGCGGGUCUUAAGUCAGACACUGAUUAUAUCAUUGGCGCUGAUUCUGUGCUACAAGAAAGCGAAGAUCUUUUUAAUCUUAUUGAAGCUCAUGAGGGAAAGCCUCUUAAGCUAUUUGUUUACAAUUUAACCAUCGAUUCCUGUCGUGACGUCACUAUUGUUCCCAAUAGCAAUUGGGGCGGAGAGGGUAGUCUGGGUUGUGGUAUUGGCUAUGGAUAUCUUCAUAGAAUUCCUUAUAAUCCAGAUUUACCAAUUAAGACCUUUCAAUCGGCAACUCAAGAAGUAUCAUAUGUUUCAAUACAAAACUCUGAAACACUGGCGAAACAACAUUCAGAGAAAAAACAAUACGAACUUCAACCGCAACCGCCACCGACUCCACAAUUAUCACAACAAUAUUCACCAGUUGUUUCCACUACACCUGUUGUGGUCUAUGAUCACAAACACCAACAAGAAGUAUAUAACGCUAGUAUUUCUUCAAUCCCAUCACAUCCAGAAUAUGUUUCUUCAUUAACAUCCAGUUUAGCUAAUGUUAGUCUAGGACAAGGAGGUGAUCAAUAUAUAACACAGAGUCAAUUAACAACAUCAACAACUACUACAUCAAGAUCUUCCUAUCCAUUACCGGCGACAUUACCAAUGACUCAGAACUACACGCCUCAGAAUACCAAUUCUUAUGUAACCCAAAGUACCGCAUAUGCGCCACAAAGCACUGGUUCCUAUGGAUUCAAUCAACCGACAUAUAGUGCAGUUUCAAAUAGUGAUACCAGUUCUUUACCUUCAUAUGGCGGUCAAUCGUUCACAACACCGAUAACAUUGCCGGGAAUGCCUCCUCUUACAGUUAGUGCAACUUUACCUACAGAUAAGUUCACUGUACCUCUUUCUACCACUUAUGCGGGUCAACCUUAUGGUUACCAAUUACCCGGAGACUCCAAUCAAACGUAUUCACCUUAAAUUUUAUGUUAUAUGUACGGUAUAAUAUAUAAAUAUAAUUUUAUCUCAGA